AUCGAAAGUCCCGAAAGCAGUCCAUUCUUCGAGGCUCCAGCUUCCCGGACGGGAGAAGAGACGAUGGGAGCAAAAGUGGGAAUCGACGAUGGAGCGAGAGGAAGACCAGCGGAUAUCCAGUUCGAAGACGAAGCGACAGAAACGGUCGGCUUUAUUCCUGUAACCACCAGAUUUCUCAACAGAUUCACCGGACACGCCCUGGGCCGUUCUACGUACCGGGAUUCAUCUUUCUCCAGGAAACUAUUCUGGCUCCUCGUAUUUCUCACCAUCUCUGGCUACAUGUCCUACGGAAUCAUCGAGAUCGUCAAUGCAUACACGUCAGGCCUAACAACAACCGCCACCCAGAUGGAGCCUCGAGAAAUGAUUCCCUUUCCGGCCAUCAUCAUCUGCCCUCAGAAUUUUUUUGAAAGGUAUGGGGUCAUGCCCUUCGAUGUUUCAGGGCUCUUCAGCCCGAUGGAAAGUCUCCUGCAGAAGAAGGAACUCAACCAAGGGCUUCGACUCGCGCUGGCACCGUAUUUCCUGGAAAAAUUGGGCGGAUUUUCUUCUGCGAUGGGACACAAGCUCUUCGUUCGGAACCCCCAAGAUGUUCCCUAUACGAUCGAGGAAGGAUUCAACAUAAACCCGGGAACGGUUUCCUAUGUAGGCCUCAAGAUGGUGGAAUUCGAACGAAUUUCUCCAGACCGUGGGGGGAAUUGCGCCACUGAUUCCUACAUCCUACAAAGAUUCGACCCGAAGAUAUAUAAGGUUCCAAAUGAAACCGUAUAUUCCGUGGAGGAGUGUCUGAAAUUUUGCGUUGCCUCUCAAUUGAUGCUCGACUCCAAGCUCUCCCGUUGCAUGAACCGAUCGUAUUACGAGGAAAUUGUGUACGAGGUUCCUAAAGGGAAAUGCUAUUUGGAUGGGUCGUCACGACAGUUUGCUCAUGAAGUUGGCGGCUUGGACGAGGAAGACUACAAGGAGAAUAGAGGAAUUACAAAACUCGACCUUCUGCCAUCUGAACAGAUAUCUGUGGUGCACGUCAAAUUCGACACUAUGUCAGUGGAGAAAACCACGGAGAUUCAGUUAUACCCAUGGUCAAGUUUCAUCGGAACGCUCGGAGGGUUGCUAGGCCUCUACACUGGGAUGUCUUUCAUCUCCGUUCUGGAGAUGCUGGAGUGGAUCGUGGACAUCUUUUCGUACGGUUGGAGGAAGCCACGUCCUGAUACCUUGGUACCGAAACGACGAGCCUUUCUCGUGUGGAGAGACGUGGGUCCUGAAGAAGUGUCCAGAGAGAAGUUCAUCCCAAAAGGAGAGUACCUCUUGGGAGAUCCACCAGUCUAUAAUUGUCCUUCCUUCAAGGAAAUCCAGAGAGCUGCACUUGACUCUGCCUUCUCUGAUCGUCUCUAA